AUGGACGGGUCCGUGCGCGCGUUCGUUCUCGCACUCGCGGCGUUCGCGCUCGUUGUCGCGCGCGCCCACAUGACGCCUCCUUCCCACGAUAACAUACUUCGAAUACAAUUAUGGGACGCCGAAGGGCUCAGCCGGGAAUCCAUCACUGAGCCAUCUCCAGCUCCCGUCAAACACCACAAACUAAAAGUUAACUUGGACAUUUUAUACGAUGCGAUGAUGGGUGACGAAUAUCACGGGACCGAGAGGUUUGCGAGGCACAAAGUGAGGCACAAGAGACGACGGCCUCGGCAGAGCGGUACCGAUCUGCCUUGGAGGUUUCACUCGGGAUCCGGACUGAGGAACGUGGAGGUGUACAACUUCGAUGUGCCCUGGGACGUGAUAGAAAAUAAAUAUUCUGGAAGCGUGUAUGCAAGUGCUGUGAGUGAUUCGAGUGUCCCAGUGAAUGUGGAGAGAGAAGUGUCGCCGCCGAUGACACUGCGACAGGACGAGGAGGACGAGGAGGUCAAGAAGCAAUUACCGGUGGUACCAAAAUGCUGUGCGAGUGGUCAAAAUCUCACCGUAACUUUCGAAAAUGGGAAGUUUAAAACAGUGUGUUCUCGGUCGUCGCUCACCUUUCAACCGAUGUUCCACAAAGCCAACGAAACACACAUUUGGAGCUACGAUAGCAACGUAUUUGAGACAAUCGUUGGAAACCCCUGUACUUACGAUAGGUUCAAACUGGAGCCCGACAAAUUCAGCAAAGAUGAAUUUUAUCUUUUGUUCAACGGUUCCCUAUUCGUCCCAUUCAGUGAGACGCCUCUUCUUGGAACAAGGGACUUUUGUAUGGAAACAUUCUGGAAUGAAUCCAAUCCAGCAGGGAUUACACUUCCAUUAGUUUGUUUCUCUACACCCAUAGAAGAAGCUAAAACUUCUUUCACUCUAAUAGCUUACGCUGUAGGUCUUAUAAUAUCUGUUCCAUUUUUAUUAAUGACAGCUUGUGUGUACGUAUUUAUUAUUGAGUUAAGAGAUACUCAUGGAAAGGCAUUAGCUUGUCACUCUAUAUGUCUAGCAAUAGCAUUUAGUUGCUUAGCUACUACACAAUUAGCUGGUCAUGCGUUUCCAGCGACAAUUUGCAAUAUAAUGGCGUAUCUCAUACAGUUUUCCUUUGUAUCGUGCUUCUUUUGGCUGAAUGUUAUGUGUUUCGAUACUUACUUGAAUGUACGACGAUAUAUACAUUCAUCGGUAACCAGAAGGAGCAUGAGACGUAGAUUUGCUUGGUAUUGUGUGUACGCUAUAGUAUUACCAAUUAUUUUACUGGUCGUAACAAUUACAAUGGACUUAUCUCCAGCUGUACCCAGUACAUACUUAAAACCCAACUUUGGCGUGAAAGGCUGCUGGUUCAAAACGGAUCAAGCUGCGUUACCUUAUUUCUAUGGACCUGUGGCGGUAAUUUUGUUUAGCAAUUUCAUCAUAUUUUUGUUUACUUCAAGAGCCUUUGCCAAACAUUACGACAAACUAAAGGAUGUCUCUCCUUUAGAUAUAGCGCAUUCAGACUUCAGCACGUCAGAAGAUUGGGUUAGGCUGGGAACUGUGUUAGGUCAACCAGUGCCAGUCCAGGAUAGGACGUCACCACCUCCACGGGAGCCACAAGUUAACUUCAAUCAAAGGCUUAAGAAGUAUAAAAAGAUAUUCCGUACUUGCUGCCUCCUGUCCGUGAUCAUGGGCUUAUCGUGGGUCCUAGAAGUGGUGUCGUGGGCCGCUGGAGCAGGCACGACAGCGGUUUCUGUGUGGUCUGUGUUCGACCUUAUUAACGCCUUGCAGGGCGUAGUCAUAUUCGCUAUCUUCGUUCUGCAACAACCCGUCCGUUCUUAUGUUAAGAUCUCAAAAUUAUGCGAAACGUGCAGAAGAAAAAAGGAUGGGUCGGAGGUAUCAGUAGUAAGUGACAGGAAUAGUAUCGUCGGAUCGGGGCGUAGGGACUACGUUUAG